AUGGCAUACGAUGAGGACCGAGCAAUGACAACUCGGACACGGGGUUUCGCGGGUUAUUACUGUACUUGGCGUUUGGUGCGGUACUUGGUUGUGCUCAUGACCAAGCUCAUGGGCGGACGCUACAUGCCCAAGUGCGGGUGCAUGAAGCAAAUGAGUGGGACGACGUGCGUUGGGAACGCGGUCAACGACGUAGUUGGCUCGGGUGGGUGCUCAUCAACAGGCAGCGAAGCGAGCUGCUACUCGAUGAAGGCGGCGGUGCGAACGUACGCGAAGCUCCGCGAGGACGGCCGAGGUUGGGAGCCUAGAAGGACUAACAAAGAAGGUCCAAUGGGGUGGUGGGGUCCCAAAUCCAGGCGCGAUGGAGGUGGAGGAGGCAGGAGUGCGUUGGGGUGGCCUGAAGGUCGAGGUCGCCAGUGGGUUCGCAGGAUGUAG